UUUAAAAACACUUCAUCUUCAUCACAGCUCUGUUGUAUAAGAAUCAACCAUGCCCCCUCCUCCUCCUUCUCCUUGGCCACAUUAUGCUUGGGCAGCCGGCCACCUUCUCCUCCUAGUCUGUGCUAUCAAGUACUUGGUCUCCAUCUUCACAUUCAAAGCAGCGAGCAACGUCAUCUGGUAUAAGCUAAGCUACGCGGGUGCCUUGAUCAGUUAUGCGAUCGUUUGUUUCAAAGCAGUCGGAAUGCCCCAGGCUUCCCCUCAGUACGCUCAGCGCGCGUUGGCUGAUGAGAACGUACAAUACUUCCUCCUCUCACUGUACUGGUUCCUCACCCGCCCAAUCUUCCCGUCCCUAAUCCCUUUCGCCACUUUUUCUGCCUUCCACACACUCACGUUCGUACGGACGAAUAUCAUCCCCAAGAUCCUGCCUUCCAAGCCUCCUCCUCCGGCGCAGCCAGGCCAGCCAGCCCCGAGGGCAGAACAACAUCCGUACGCAAAGGCGAUCGGUACUUGGGUCAGGAACAACUAUGAAAGCGCGAUGCAGAUUGUGGCGUUUGCAGAACUCGUCAUCUUCGCCUACGUUUCUGUCGGAGCGCUCAUCCGGCGCAACUCCCUCCUCACUCCGGUUAUCUACGCCCACUUCCUUCGCCAGCGGUACAUGUUCUCCUCCUUCACCCGCCAAGCCGUCAACGCCUUCACCGCCGCGGCGGACGCCAGGAUCAACGCUCCCGGCUCGCCUCCCUGGCUCCAGCAGGGCUGGGUGGCUAUCAAGCUGGCUGGGGCAAGGUGGGCCGCUGCCAUCCCUGGGGGAACGCCAGCCGCACAGCCGCAGCAGGAGAGGAGGCGGUAAACGUUUCCCCUCCCAUGUGCAGAGACGAACCGUGACGAUCCCAAGGGGUUUGUGCAUAGUAGCCGGAGGAGUAGGGCAAAAAGUCUUGUUUGACCGACGUGGAUUUGGAAGUGUGUAGUGCGUGGAAGGACGUUUUACUGUGUGGGACGCUGUGGCCCGGACUGUGUGCAAGGGCUUGACAUGACCGCCUACAAUAUCUGCCCUAAUUGUCGUGUGCUGCCAAAUCGGAAUCUCUUCUCUUAGCUUGAGUAUAUUCAAUGUGCAUUGUCUACGAAUACAAUUGCCGUGAUGACC